GACUUACGAAAUCUCCGAUAUCCCGAUGAUGUGGACGGAACACCUCUCCUUGUCGAGAACAAUCGGGAGCUGGAGGCCUGGACUAAGAUAAAUUAUAUUUACAUUUAGUUUUACCAGUUCUCAUCGCCAUUGCGUCGUGUAGAGUUUAGAAAUUGAAAGUUAGAAAGAAGAUGAGCGGGAAGGUCGUGUGCGUAACUGGUGCUUCAGGCUACAUUGCCUCAUGGCUCGUCAAGCUCCUUUUACAGAGAGGUUACACUGUUCGAGCCACUGUUCGCGAUAUCAAUGACUCAAAGAAGACCAGACACUUACUUGAACUCAAAGGUGCCAAUGAAAACCUUAAAUUGUACAAAGCUGACAACCUGGAUGAUGGAUCCUUUGAUGCAGCAGUGGAUGGAUGUGAUGGUGUUUUUCAUACAGCGUCUCCGUUUUAUUUUCAAAUCAAGGACCCUCAGACUGAAAUGAUUGAUCCAGCUGUGAAGGGAACUCUUAAUGUUCUUCGGUCCUGUUCCAAAACUUUAUCUGUUAAAAGGGUGGUUGUUACGUCCUCCAUGGCGGCUGUGUUGUUUAAUAGAAAUCCCCGAAAUCCUGAUGUUGUUGUUGAUGAGACCUGGUUUUCAGAUACAACAGUUUGCAAAGAAGCACAGAACUGGUAUGUCCUAUCAAAAACCUUAGCUGAGAAAGCUGCAUGGGAUUUUGCGAAGGAGAAGGGGAUUGACUUGGUGACAAUAAAUCCGGCAUUCGUGAUUGGUCCCCUUCUACAACCAACUUUGAACACAAGUUGUGCUGCUAUUCUAAAUCUUGUAAAUGGUAAGCACAUCACUUAG